AACAUUCAAAAAAAAAUUAAAAAGCUGGAACAAAAAUCAUUUGAGCAAGAAACAAAAAUUGAUUCGACAUUGGAGCAAGUACAAGAAAACGAAACACAAAAUGAUUCCAAAUUUGAAGAGCUCAUUAACGAAUUACAAGAAGCCAGCGAGUUUCUAACAAAUUUACAAAACCAGAAUAAAAAGUUGUCUGAGAAAGUACAGGAGAACAAUGAACAGAUGAGAGAACUGCUCAGUAUAACCGAAACUUAUGGACAUCUUCCACAAGAACUGGCAAACCAGAAAGAACGCUUGGAGUCUUUCCAACAAGUGAAUGAAUCUGAAUAUAAAGGUCUUGUGAUCAAAAUGGAAGAGUUUAUUCAAGGACAUUCAGCCACUAGUAACCAACUGAACACAAACUAUGAACAUUUGUUAAACUUAGCUGAAGCCAACAAGACGGAUCUAAGCCAGUUAAAAACGUGUAUUUCUAAUGACGCUCUUUCAAAUAUCAAAGAAAUGUGUACAGAUCGUGACGAGCAUGUAAAACGUAUUGGAAGAAGGCUCAGAGAAACAAGUGACAGAAACAGAAAGAAAAAUGUGAACCUUAACACUAAAAUCCAACCCAAUACAGAAACAACUUCUCGCUUACAGGUUAAAUUCAAAUCUUUGCAGAAAAAAGUAACUGGCAACUUCAACACUACUAAACUGUUAAUCAGACCAUUAAAGUCAAGUAUCUUAGAAAUCGCAGAUCAGUUUUCUACCUAUAAAUCUCAUACCCAAGAGUUAGAAUUAAUGAAAAGCAAAAUGACAACUGCUGAAGGCGAGAUUUUAAAGUUAUCAAAUGACCAUUCAAAGCUGCUUAAUAAAAGUCCCAGAGAUGUCAUGGCAGCCUGCAGACUACAAAUAAACGAUUCUAAAGUGAUGAAUUUUAAGAAAGAAACCAUACUUACGUGUUUCAACUCAUGUCUUCUCAACAUCGGAAACUGUUACAACAGAAACACAGGAAUAUUCACAGCCCCCUGCAACGGAUUAUAUCUGUGUAGUUUAAUGCUGGAAAGUGAAAAUUUCGUGGCCGAAAAAUUUCUGAUUUAUGACCGUAAAAGUGAUGUUGAGUCAAAAAGAGGCACAACUCAUACAAACAAAACUAAUGCCGUAGCCUGUCUUGUUACUGUACUACUCUUGAAUCAAGGGGACGAAAUUUAUAUCAAACCAGCUAACGAUAUAGCUAAGAUAAAACUAAGCAGCUCUUCAUAUUUUUUAUGCGUUUUAUUACAGCAGAACUAGUUUUCAAAAUUCUCUUUACAAUCUUCGAGUAACAUUCUGGGCACGAAGAUCUCGAUAACGUAUCCAGUUGAUAUACAUUGUUAAGAAAAGAGUUACUAUCUCGGAAAACAUUAGUUUGACCGUUAUAAUUUUUCAAAGUUUUAGAAGAAAUAAAUUUAAAUUUGACUAGAGACUAGAGAACUAGAACAUAUUUAUAUUGAAUGGAAUGUACGUGUUGGGGUUAUUUCCGCAUGAAUAUGUUAUUCAGUCAAGAGUUUAACACAUUAAUGUUCAGGUACAUUUUACGCAUGAUCAUCUAGAUCUAGAAAUCUAGUUCAUCUAACGACCUAUCUUAAGAAUAUUAUAGAGUUUAGUAGAUUUAUACAUUAGCUCAACCAGGAUCCCAUCUCGGGGAGGGCAUGUUAAUAAAAUCAUUAAUAUUAAUAGAUAAACGUCAAGGCCGACUUACAUAACAAACACAAAGUUUAUUUAACCAUAUUAGAUAAUGAACAAUAUAAACUUGCAAAUCCGCUAAGGGAACUAGCUCUUAUAUAACAUCACAUCACCUAUCAACAUUCCUCUUUCUAUACGACAAUAAACAUAAUACAUCUGAACAUAUAUUCUGUAAUAAUAUUACAUAUCUGACACUUAAUUUAAACAACAACAAAAAAAAAAAAAAAAAGCUUACAAAGCUGUAUCAGUUCGGAUCAGCCGUAUAAUUAAAUUAGUAAUAGCUCUAAACAAAGAACAAUAGAUCUGUGCGGUUAGAAAUGUUUCAAUUGUUUCUGUUUAGCGCUAUUUCAUCCUUUUAUAUUUGUCAAUCACUAUGAUCCUAUCACUUAUCUGGACCAGUUGGAAAAAUGGGGGGGGGGGGGGGUGUAAGAACGGGAUAUCUUCUUAUCUUAUAUAUUACAGACGUUACUUCAAAAAAAAAAUAUAAUUACGUCCUAUGCAUUUCAUGUGUCAAUCUUGUCUUGCAUGCCAAGUCGUUGGUUUUUCUGGCUGAUUCAGGCAACCCAUUCCAUUCUUUAAUGGCACUAAGAGAGAAGAAGCACCUGUACGAAUUUGUAUGGAAGAAUAAAUGUGACUCUAUCUUUGUGUCUUUCUGAGUAUUUUAUUAGAUUUUGUUUUUCUAUUUGUAAAUAAUGGUUUUCGGUUUUAUGUAUUAUAGCUGCUUUACUAUUUAUUCUUCUGUCCUGAAGUGUCUAUAUGUUUAUUUAUUUUACUAAUAGUGUUACUCUAAUCAAAUUGAAAUAUUCGUUUGUUAUUAAUCUCACUGCUCUACUUUGUAUUUGUUCUAGUUUCUUUAUGUUCUCUAAAGUUGAGGGAUCCCAAACAAAGGAUGCCCAUUAUAAUAUUGGCCUGAAUAUAGUUAAAUAGCAUUUUAA